AGCGAGGUACUGGGUUCCAUUCCAAUAUGGUUGCCUUUCAAUGCGGUUAAAUGCCGGUUUUUGUAACGAUAUCAUGAACAGACAAUCACUGCUGAUUUGGUCAUUGAGUUUUGUUCAAUGCUCGCCAAGAUUUCAGGUGUCGACCUGCGAGUCCCUUGUGUGAAAUCAUACAUAAUCACGUGUUAAUUAAGGGGAAUCUCGUUACAGUUUUCCUCGAAGGUACUUGGAAAUAAUGAUUCCUGUUGCCAUAGUUUCGAUGAGGAGAAGAUUCUACGAUACGAAGAACAAAUUUCAGAGAGCAGGCCGCCUCCGGGAAGGGAUUGUUUUGGCAUCCCUUGGAGUGUUGAUGUGGAUUUGGGUGUGGAAUUCAUCCAAAUCACCAUCCUCUUUUGAUCAACCAACAUUAUCUGGGAUGAAAUUUUCAAGCAAAUUACGACAGUUAAUUUCACACUAUUGUAACUUUCCAAUGCAUACUGCUGGUGCAGAGGGAUUGUUAAACCUGGAGAGCCAUCUUGACAAGCAACGCUUUCAACUAGAAAUGACGCAGGUACUUAUUCGGCAUGGAGACAGAUCCCCUUCUGUAUAUAUCCCACACAUGGACAAUGGGAACUAUGAUUUUGAUUGUACAUUCAACAGUUCUGAUUAUAACAACAAGAAAAUGUUUGAAGAAUAUUCACAAUCAACAAGACAUAUUAGCCCACGUGAAUUUGUGAGAAAUGCGAGGAGAAACUUUCACCUGGUCCCAACACCAGGAAACCACUGUCAAAUUGGUCAGCUAACACAGAGAGGUUUUCUUCAGCAUUUUGUUCUUGGAAAACACAUGAGAACAGCUUACAAAACCUUGAUAGAUACAGAUAUUAAGACUAGCAAUCUCCAUGUACGAUCCACCCAGGUAGCAAGAUGUGUACAAAGUGCAGCUGCCUUUCUUUAUGGCUUGUUAACAAAGGAUGUUAUUAUGAAUGAAAACUGCAACCUUUUGCUUAGUUUAUUUUUUAAUUCAAAAUACAUUUAUCAUUGCAGUUUGGCUGAUGCAAUAUACACUCGUUACUGCCAUAGCCUCCCACUGCCUUGUGGGCCUGGAGGCUGUGUAACACGAUCAUUAGCAGCCCGGGCAAUUGAUUCUGCUCUGUGGGCUCUUGCACAAAAUUACACUGGAAUAGCUGAUGUGGCCUCUAAUCCGAUGUUGAUUCAGAUGGCUAAAAGAAUGAUGGACAAGACUCAACAAAAAUCUGCUCUUAAAUUUGUUCUGUACAGUGGUCAUGACACCACUGUAACCCCACUUCUGAUAAAUCUUGGAGUUCAUGAUGAAACAAGAUGGACUCCUUAUGCUACACGUGUGGUAUUUGAAUUGUGGAGGGACACUCUUGGUGACACUUCAGAGCAGAAAAACUCGGCAGAUGGUUUUUAUUUUCGAGUUCUUGUUAAUGGAGAGAUACUCACUAACAAAAUGAAAUUUUGUGGUGAUUUGUUGCUUGAGGAUGAGCUUUGUCCUGUGAGGGAAUUCAUUUCGUGGCUCUCCGACGAUGAAGGUUUUGGAGAAAUGGACAAGAAAUACAAGUCGCUUUGUUCAAUGACUUAAUUCCAACCAAAGAAAAUAUAUACAUGUUGUUUUAUUUCUUUCUGUCUCUUCUGAUCCUUUGGUAACAUUAAAAUGUCUACUCCACUUAGAGAUGGUGCACACCAACAGUUUUAAAGGACAGUUUCCCCGGCAACAUGUGAUUGGAGAGGUGUUAUUACCCUCACCAGGGCCUCACCAUCACCACCACUACAACGGUUUGUCAGGGUUUCUCGACAGCUCUCCAGCAUGUCUCAUUCAAGGAAAACAUAGACUUGCUAUGCAUGCAAGAGUUGUUUGUUGGAUGGGUAAGGUGAGAUAUGGGACUAAGUAACUCAUGCUUGCAUUUUUGUUAAAGGAAAAGAGCAUGAACUUUCAAGUUAAAAUUCCAACAAAAAUAUCGUUCAAUCAAGAGUUAAAAAAAAACUCCCAGUUUAUCUGAAAUUAAAUCAGACACAGGUGUUUUGUGGUCAAAAAUAAAUUCAGGUGUCAAAAUAAAUUCUUAAUAAUUGUAAGCAAAAUAAACUGCAUUGGUGCGACAGUUACUGUA